AUGAAAUAAACCGGUCCGCGAUUUUGUUCGAAAAGGCGGAGCUGUUUUCCGGGUCCACGUGGCACUCCGCGGGGUUUGUCGGCACGGCCUUUUGCCAGUACGGCACCAACUCGGGCGGCAGUGGGAUGCGCGGAAACCUGUACCGGUGGCACAAGGAAACGUGUGAGCUGGCGCGCGAGCUUGGGAUGUUGGGGAACAAAAGCGACGUGGUGGAGAGAGCGAACACUUCGCCGAAGAUAAAAGCCGUGGUAACUACCGACGGGGAAGAAGAACGUGAACAAAAUGGCAGUGCGGAUGAAAAAUCUGUUGCUGAAAUUGCAAAUCAAAAUCCUGCUUUGAUGACUUCAACUACAUCGCCACAGUCCUCGCUGUCUUCAACUACAACAUCUGCCUCCUCUGUCUCCUCCACAGCCACUUCUCAUUCGAGACGAAGUGCCGGCUGCUUGAAAAUCCUGCCCCAAGCGAAGUCGGAUGAGGCGCACUACCAGAUUAUGCUGAGGAAAAACCUGUACCUCCCUACCUCAUUGUUGUCAUGCAAAUCCGCAAGCUUCGAAUGUUUGUCAUGUGUGUUGGGGCGACUUGCCGUGGUAGCGCUCGGCUUUUGUAUGAUGAGGUCGCCGAAAGUGCUUCCUCGCCCACCCCCCGGGGAGGGGAUCCUUGACCUGUGGCGCUGGGUGCGGGUGUCCGCUACAUGAUGAUGAUGAUGUAGAGCCCCAUGAGGAGCAUUCUCUAAUGCUGUCUGGACGUUUGUCAUCCUUCUGGAAUCAGCACCAGGGUAUCGAUUUGCGAUGCAGCUAGAAAAGUGAAACGCGAUGACACGUUUGGGCUCGCCCAAACUUGUCACGCGCGACAGCCAAAAGAUCGAUGCUGGCUCUUUCUUUGCGUAGCCAAAUCAUCCCCAGCUUGACUAUGGGGUGGGGAGGUGGUUUUUGCAUUGGAUACAGGUCGGCCUGGCGAAGGUACACGAGUACCAAGAUCUUCAGGCGAUGCCUUCCACGUCAGCAAAAGAAAGUAGCUUCGAACCGCUACUGUCGCCUUUACCAGGAUCAGCAAGUGGAGGUGCCGCGACGUCUCCAACAAGCACGACGGCUCCGUCUGGAGGCUCCACGACGGCUCCCUCACCAGCAUCGAAUGCCAACUAUUCCCUUCCGGAACUGCAGCAGUUGCUUAUCCUAGCGGAAAUUCAUCUUAUUUUGGUGCAAGCCGCUCGAGACACGGCAACCGGCCUUUUUUGUGGCCAGAACAAUGGGUUUUUACAUAGGUCAUGUUUAUCAAUUUGAAUGUAUGCAGCUGGAGAAAAUGAGGAUGUAGAUGAGCAUAAUCGCCGUCAUCCGCUUCACUGCAGAGCUUUUCAAAUAAGCCACAAUAAACACACCGGGCGUGCCAUUUCUCAACAACGCUCGUACACGUACAAGAGUUGUCACCAGUUGGUGUAGGGUGAGAUCGAAGAAUUGAAAUAAUUUCCGUAGCAUUUGAUAUCCGUUUCUAGAUAUGAAUUGCAAAAGUAUCGUACUCGUAGUAAUCGCAGUCAUGCAUUACAAAUUUUUUUCUUAAGAUAAAUGCGCAUUACAAAUUUUAUUUGCCAUGCUGAGGAAAUUUGUAAUGCAUUUAUACGAGUGCGAUACUUUUGCAAUGCAUACUAGAUUUGGAAAACUCGCAGAACAUCGUGCUGCACUACCCCGACGCGGGACGCGUGGACGCUAGGGCUUUUGGAACGGCGAUGGUACGGGAGAUAAACCGUUUAGGCAACAAGAAUGUCAAGAUCUCACCGACCGGCAGCGGUGAAGAAGAACAGCACAUCAGUCGUGAAGAGAGAAAUCUCAUUUUCGAGAACUGCACUGUGGUGGAAACUACCCACUGCAAUAAAAGUUGAUGUGUCGACGUACUCAUAUAUAUAAAUAUUUCAAAUCACGCCGACGGCACCGCAUACCGCAUGAGAAUCAUUUUCACUUUGCUUUGUGACAAAAUAAAAAAAUUGUGUUGCAAUUUGUAUUUGUAUGUACGAUCAUCAUAUUUUUGCACUGGAUAAAGCCGAACCAGCGCAAGUCCGAUUUCAAGUGGGAGGUGACGGUGGAGUGGCAGAACGGCGGCACGGUGCGCGAGCAGGUUGUGGUGUGUGACCAUGUGGUAAACGCCGCGGGGCUAAACGCACGGGAAGUCGGCAUGCUGGCCAACGUGGAAGUACCUGUGGCGGUGAUGCAGCACCAAUACUUGAUGAUGGACGAAAUCAAAACCGCUGUGGCUUCACAAAGUAAAACAUCGUCGUCUCCUCCACCAUAUCCUGUGCAAAAGUAUCGUAUUCGUAUAAAUGCAAGUCUUGCAUUACAAAUACAAAUCUUUUUCUUAAGGCAAAUCUGCAUUACAAAUUUCAUUUCUCAUGCUGAGAAAAAUGCAUUUAUACGAGUAGUACGAUACUUUUGCACAGCAUACACCACCUCCAGUUGCCGAUGAAACGGAGCCGAAGAUCAUCUCCGCGACCAGCACCGAUACAACAGCAGGAACUGCUGACUCCGCAGUUGUUCCAGCACCCGCAGCUACUUCUUCGCGGGAGACCUUGACAUCAUCGUCACACACAGCGAGCAUGGCCGCCACUUCAAAGGACGAAGAUGUUACAAGAAAGAUGAUACGGGAUGAACAAAAUGAGGGCGCAGCAGCUGGAGCACGUGACGGUGACGUGAACCAAAAAACUACAAAUGGUGCAGCUGUAAGACACCCUGAAAGUAGUAGUAGUGAAACCUCCGGUACCACGACCUCUGCAGGUAGUUCAUCAUCUACCGGUUUUCGCGACGAGGAAAAUCCCGUUUUGGAAAAAGAAGAACUUGAACUUCUGAGUACAAAUACCGACGAGGCCCCGACUACAUCAACUUCCCCCACGCCCCAGGACGACCCGCUUGUAGUCCCCAUCGUUCAGGACAUUGGGGGGUCCUUCUCCCUGUACCAGGUAGACGAGCAAUUUUCAUCCAGUCACAGCUUCAUCCUGGCACCCGCGGAACGCGACGUGGUCUUCUCAACCCCGGCGAGCGCGACCAACUGCUUCAACUACCCACAGUACUACCGCUACGACGCAAACAUCGAUCGACUUUUCCCGCACAUGGAGGCCGCCAGCAAGCUGAUGCCCCUGCUGGGUGGGGUGGGGAUAAAAGAAGUGGUGAAUGCCCCGAUCGUGCACGCACUGGACGCACUUCCGCUGGUCGGCCCGGUCGCGAUACAACAACCGAGAAGUAUUGGAGGGACUUCUGUUCUUUCUUCUGGUGGGGCGUUUGGAAUAACUAGCGCCGCCUCUGCAGGUUUGGAAACGGACAGCAGUGGCACGUCUGGUGCCGGUGGGUCUUCCGGCAGCCCAAACUCGUCAUACGCGACCGCGUCUUCCGGCAUCUUUCCCGGCUCGGCUGACAUUGCCAAAGCCUGCUUUAGUUCAUCUAGCUCCACCAGUACAACCGCUGCCAACACGUCGAACACCAACUUCGCCCCAGCCCGUCGCAGCGCGUGGCGAAAAAACUACUGGCUCGCAACGGCAAACGGCAGUCUCUCGGUCGCGCGGUGCGCGGGCCUGGGGAACUACUUGGCGCAUUUCAUCCUGCACAACGAGCCGCCAUACGAGCUCGACGAAGUGGAUCCGAGACGGUUCGCGAACUCGCUUUCACCAGAGAAAAUCCAGGAGGGCGUCCGGUUUUGGUACAGCACAGUCGAUAUGGUGUAGUGCAAAACUGUAUCGCAGUGCUGCUGGUACUAAUUUUUGCAAUCAUGAUAAUGCUCAUGCUCAUGCAUGACAGAGCGACUUCAACUUUUCCCGAAAAGGAAACCAGAUUUUUAUAAAUUCGCAUCUUCAUGCAGCCUUUCGAAAUAGAAUAAAUUUGCAGAUCCAUAUGGAAAAUUUUAAGCUGUUACAACUGCGAUACUUUUUCAUUGCACAGUUGAACAAAGUCAGCAGACCGCGUCGAAGCUGCUGAGCGCCGUUGGGGGCGACGUGAGCGGAGCUCAGGAUUCCAAUUCGAACACGAGCGGCAGUUUCAGCACGGGAGCGAAUUCUUCAAAGAACACCUGCACCGCGAUCUCCCGCAGUUUCUGCAAUGACGCAACGGUCGCAAACCAGGAACUGCUCCAAUUUCUCGUGCAGAAGCGAAACGCCGUGUUAGACGCCUCGGGGCAGUUUGUCGAGUCCUUUUCCGGGUCUGGGGCCGCUCCGGCCACCGGCGCCGGCGCGCUGGUGCAGAAAGCGGUGUCGAUCUUUCGCAAGCGAGGUUCCACCGCCGAGGCGGUGGCGGUCCGGAAGGGCGUCGCGCUGGCCUACCUGCCGCGGGCGGCGUUUGAGGUCAAAGGGGUGUGUGCGGAACAGUUUCUGGAUAGAAUGCUCACUUGCCGGAUUCCGGUGGUGAAGAUGAAUGAAGAUAACGUGGACCACUUCGAAGGUAUUGAAGAUUCCAACUCAAGAAAACCGAGGCGUGCUCCAAACACGACGACAAAUAUUGGUAGGGACCACAACGGCGAAAACGAACAUCACACAGAAAAAGGCAGCCGACCAACAUCUCCCGCCGUACAAAUUACCAACAACACCGUGGAACACGGCUACCUGCUGUCCCCGACCACCGGGGGCAUUCUGUCGGAGUUCCAGGUGAUGCACGUAGACAGCGCGACGUCGACAGUUGUGGCGGCAUCCACUGGCGGCGGCGGGGGAAGUACCAAUUCCGAUUACCAGAACGUGCAAACAAGCAACACUUUCUACCUCACCUCCCCGAUAGAGCGGUUUGGACAGGAUUACUCCGCGUUGGUCGAGCAAGCAUUUGUGAUGCAGGAGGAAGCUGAAGGAGCCUCAACGUCCGACUGCGCCCCCGCUCCCCCGCCGAGCGUGUCGGUGGCGACAUUCUCAGUCCUUCUUGUGACGGGAAGGGAAGCGCGGCCGGCGCUGGCCAAGCACAUUCGCGACCUGUUCGCCGAUGAGGCAGCAGGACCCCAGUGGGAGGAAAACUCCUACCGGUUUAUCACGAUCAACAACUCUAUCAAAUGCAAAAAUGUCUGGGUCCUGAAGAAUGCAGCUUGUGAUGCUGCAUUUGGAUUCCAAAAAAAUGAAAAUCUGUAUUGCAUGAGCAGCAAAGGAAGCGUUUUUUCCUACGCGAAGAGGGCAUUUGUCAUGCCGAAUAGGCAUCGAGAAGCCCUCAAAAAAUCUGUGAUGAUAGGGCAUGCAUCACAGACAUCAUGGCUCACGCAACACGUGCAUGACAAGUCUCAGAAUCUUCCAGACCCAAACUUUUACAGUUGAUAAACUCGCUCUGUCGGGUGGUGCGGCUGCCGCCGGAGAAUAAUGCGUACGGCUCUGAAGAGGCGUUUGAAUUUCACGUGAACAGUAUCGAACUGCAAAUAUCCCUGGAUGUCUGGAAGGAUGCAACUUGUGAUGCUGUCUCUGGAUUCGAAAAAAAUUUGUAUUGCGUGACCAGCAACUGGAGCCCAGUUGGUGUUACGUGGACGAGAGGGCAUUUCUCAUGCGAAAUUAUAGGCAUCAGGAAGUCCUCUAAAAAUCAGUGAUGCUAGGUCAUGCAUUACAGGCAUCAUGGGUCAUGCAGAAAAUGCAUGACAACUUGCAAUCUUCCAGACCCAGACAUAUUUGCAAUCCAUAAACAGCAAGGAGGUGUUGGGUUUGUACCAGUACCUCCUUGCGUCCAUUCCGGAGUUGCAGGAAAUCGGGCAAAACACAUUGGAGGAACUGCGCUUGGAAUCCGCAAAGGCGAGAAUUGGCGCGGAGUUGACGCGCGACUACUCCGCGAUAGAAGCAGGGGUGUUUUCGGAGAGCGAGGUAAACGAUCUAGACGGUGAGUUGUAUAGUAUCCUUGCGGGAAAGCCGCCAGACUUUUGUGGAAGGGACGCGUUACUGAGGGAGGUGAAUUCGAACUCGAAAGACAAAAGAAAAACGGCGAAAGAAGGACCACACUCAAAGAAAACAACUAGAGAAUCACGGCGACAACCGACAUCUACUUCCCCCCAGGAUGAAGACAAGAAUCGACAAGCGGAUGAAAGGCUGGAGACCACAAAGGAACCUUCCUCUAUGCGACUCGUCCUGCUCGAGGUGUUGAUUGGCGAGGAAGAAGUAGGUGCAUCGGAAAAUGACGCGAGUUCCGUUCUUUCUGAUGGCCAACGAGGUACUAGCACGACAGAUAGCGGAGAUGCAGGAUCAGGAGCCAGAAUCAGUGGAGAGAUAGGGAAGGACGAUACAGUUGCGGAAGAUCUCACGAGCACCAGAACCUCCACAACUUCCACCGCGACGCCCUCGCCUGUGACCGCUCUCGCCAGUCUCUCCUCGACGUUUUCCUCUUCGCGCAGCGAGGUCGCAGACGCGGAACAGCUGUCACAUUGCGUCGGCGGCGAGCCGAUUUGGGUAAAAACGAGCUAUUUCGACGACGUAGCAGGGCCGCAUGGGCGAGAUCGAGAUGACAACCGCAACUCCACAUCAAGUGAAUGUGAAGAACGAAUAAUCGGGUACACCACUAGCGGAGCGUUCAGUAACGUAACCGGGAAGAGCAUGGCCAUGGGGUAUGUGGAGAAGCGGUUUGCCAAGGACAUUCACACCUCAAAGAACCGUCUGUCCGUCACAUUGCUGGCAAAUGACGACGACCACACGACGACGCAGGUGCCCGUGGUGAUUCGGACGAAAUCGUUCAUCCAAGAGUACAGGGAGCAGCAAGAGGCAGAGAGACUAGCGCGGGAAAAGGCAGCUCAGGACGAACAAGAGGAAUCAUUUUCGCAGGAUGCGAGCGAAGUUGUAGGUUCGAAAAAAUGAAACGAUUCCGACCACUUCUAGAGCCAUGCGGUAGAAGAAGCACCCUUUCUGGGAUGUCGACGUGAUUGUAUUGAAACUUUGUCCUGGGAAAUCCAUUGCCUAGAUAAAGUGAAAAACUACAUUGUUCAUCACACUUUUCAUUGAUUUUGAUAGAUCGAAAAAGACACUGUAACUUCGGCUGAUGAAUACUUUGAUGAGAGUCUACAAGAAAAAACCUUCCAAUCUUGCUCGCUGUAAAUCUAGAAUAUCGCGAUUUGAAUCCUUUUCAUCCCUCGUGGCGCCAUCAACUUUGCUCUUCAAAUCACUGCGGUGUAGCUUUCCCUACUUCGAGUAUAUUUCUGAAAGACGACGAGGACCGGAAUGGUUAUUGGUUCUGAAGUCAUGACCUCAAUUGCAGUUCAGAAAUGGAACGCACUGCACUGGCAAAGCGUGCGCAAGCGUUUGCGCAUGACUGCACCGCCGCAUAUGAUAGUUCUUUCAUGUUCCUGCUCCUCCACUGCGCAACGUGCGUCCACUGGCGUUUGAUCCUUUUCUUAGUCUGAAAAUUUUCCCACCGAUGAUGUGAU